AUGUACGACAUGGCAUUUGAAGAGACUUCGACUCUUAUCACUUCAGCGGAGGAAAACCAGGCUACUUCGAAGGAGAAGAUUCAUGGCUCCAAUGCGACUAGCGAUGUGCAGCCUCCUCUCGUCGGCCAAGACCAUCGCGUACCGUCAUUUACUGCUAUUUCAACGGACCGACUUUCAGACAGCACCGACUUGGCGCAUCUAGACCAGACGUUUUCACAGCUUCAAGGUUAUAAAUAUGCUUUGCCUAGGACAUUUGUGGCAAGGAACAAGCAUCAGGAAAACGGCUUCCAGCACGCACGUUCAUGUGAUGGUGACAUUGUAUUCUUUUCUUCGAAAAAGGAUCUCAAUUUGUUUGAGAAGUGGGCCUUGGCGGCCUAG